AGAACUUCAACUACUGCAGCAGGAGCCUGUACUGAUGAUCGAUAUCAAAAAGCUUGUUUUCUGGGAGGAAUUCUGAUUGUACGACAAACGUACCAUUUUAAAGAUGAGAUUUGGGCUGCCACUGGCCUCUCUGCUCUGCUUCACGUGGAUGAGCUCAAUGGACACAGCCGGCAUUCCUGCACAAAGCUGUUGCCUCCAUUGGUCCAACAAAAGAGUCCCUCUAGACAAAAUAAAGAAUUACACCAUUCAGACUGACUCAGUCUGUCCCAUCACAGCAGUCAUAUUUCACACGAAGCGUGGAAAUAAAAUUUGCUCCAGCCCCGGCAGUACGUGGACACAAGAAGCCAUGGAAAAGGUGGACAAGAAGAGGAAAGAUUUGCAGAUGAACAUAGAAGAAUCCAGCAGCAGCGGGGAACCUACAGAGUCCAUUGCAUUAAAGGGAACUGUGCAGAAGAAACGUCAACGGGGAAGGCAAAGAACUGGGAAGAAAAAGAUCCAAAGCAAAAAGAAGAAGCAGAGGAAAUCACGCUGAAGAAUCACAAAACAUAUCCAGAUGAUUUCAGUUACAAAAUAUUCAUAUUUUCAUAUUUUCAAAUGGACAUUUCAGUGCUGCAUUAGUGAGCAGACCUGGUUUUGUAUGUAAUGUUUGAAUUAUAAAUUAUUACAACACCAAUUGCUGAAAUUUGUCUCCACAAUAUAUAAAAAAGUUGUCAACUUGGAUGAAGGCAAUGAUGAUUCAACUGUGAGGCAAAUUUAAAGUUUAACAAGGGAACAAAUGGUUCAUCUAUAAAUUUCAAUGGAAUAUU